AAUGGAAUUUCAUAUCUUUAGUGGGACACGUUUUUGUCGCAAGGUGCAGCUUAUGUGGAUUUCUUCUAAUUAAUGACACAAAUAUAACAUUAAGUCAGAAUAAAUAUUUUGCAAGCUAGUGUACAUUUGAAUUUCGACAGCGAAACAGUCUGUGUUGCAAAUUGUCGAAAGUGACACUGUGUGAAAUCUACACCAAACAGCAAUGGCACUGCCUGUAAAAGGUCAUCUAUUGAUCGAUUUCCUGUUGGUUCUUUCAACAAUUACCGACGUUGGAGCAUUCCUGUAUGAUGCGGAUUGGUGCAGCAAAUUUCCCGAAUAUAAAGACAUUAUCAACCUGGCGCAUGUGGAAAACUGUCUCAGCAUCGACCAAGUAUUUGCGAAGUUAAAGCUCCUUGGAGAUAAAAGUCACUGGUGCCUAUUCCAUGGAAUAGAUCAGUUAGGUGACAGGUACGGUGUUUCCAUUUAUACUCCCGAAGAUUGUCAGUGUAACGGAACCAACUCCCUUCUUAACUACAUAAGCGGUGUACGCGAUGGCAGCAAUGACAUGAAGGACCGAUGUUUGUCUCAACCCCACUACAAAGCACUUUUUGACCAGUUUUUCGUUGACAACAACAACAGAGCUCCCGCAUGUCGAUCUCAUCAUUCGGUGUGGUUCGACCUUUCGCAUAUAGACAACGACUGUACUCAUGAUUUGAUAUACCACGUGACAUAUUCGUUUGAUCAUCACCCGAGUCGGUGUGUCUGCAAACAGAGUGUUCAGUAUAGGGACCCAAACAACUGCCUGCAGUUCCACAGCUAUCAAGAAUUGAUGAAACUGUACGAUACCAACUUAUGCUCGAGCAAGAAUUCUCAAUGGAACCUUUUAAAUGAUCUAGAAAUAAGAAGCCCGGAUUGUCGCAAGAAAAUAAUUACCGAACUUGCCCAACAUUUCCACAAUUAUCCCUCCGUUGGUGCAUGCCAAUGUUCUCCUGUAAAGAAUAUAUCCAACGAUGAACCUGUCUUAAAUGACGACAAAAGGGAUCAAUGUUCCAAUGUGCAACAUAGCAGAUAUAGCCACCUGCGCCAAGAACUAUUUCAAGGGGCGAGUGGUGCUGGCUGCGCUACACAUUUCCACCUAUGGCAACAGUUGCAGAACAUUCAGCAAUCCCAUGGUUAUGACUGUACAAUGGACAUGAUACAUAGAUCAGCGAAUAAAUAUCCCAGUGCAGAGUCUGACCCUUGUAAAUGUGAAGAUCAACAUAGGAUUUCAACAACUACAACAACGACGACUGCUUCUCCAGUAUCUUCAACCACACAGCAUAUAUCUACAACCUCCACGACCACUGCCCCUCCAGUACCUCACAAUACACAGCAUAUAUCUACAACCUCCACGACAACUGCCCCUCCAAUACCGCACAACACACAGAAUAUAUCUACAACCUCCACGACAACUGCCCCUCCAGUACCUCACAACAGAUAUCGGUGCCGCAAGUACGACCUUAUUGCUGAUAUUGCAAUUGGUAAUCAUGUGCACACAAAUAACUCCACACCUUGUGAAAGUAAAAUCUCUGGUACAAAUGAGGACUUGGUAAUUUCGCUGUGCAACAUGACGUCAGUAGAGAAGUGGUCACGUGGCGCUCAGGUGAUGAGUAACUGUGGAGUUAUCCCACACUACUCCCCAGUAGCCACGUUCAGCCUCGCGGGAAAGUACCAAGUCUUAGAUGGCCAGUCUGGUGUUUUUCUGGAAUGUAUUCCGGAUGGAUUCAAGAUGGUCAUCCAGUCGUGUGAUGGAGGACCUCAGAUCAUUCACGUGUCGACGACUGGUGUGUUCAACAACAACGCCACCAUCUACUACGCAGUGGUGUAGUGUUUCGCUAUAAGCACUCCUUGUAUGAAUUGUGUAUAUGAUUAUACAGUUCCCCUGUGUCGAAAAGAAUAAAAUAUGAUAACUUA